AUGGCAUUAUCAUUCCACGUCUACCCGGGCCUCGGCGAGACGAACUCCAACGUCUUCAACUAUUCGCAAUCCGUACGCAUGGGCUCGACCAUCAGGACAGCAGGACAAGGAGGCUUCACAGACAAGGGCGAGCUCGUGGAGCCCAUGCGAGAGCAGCUGGUGCAGGCGUGCAAGAACGUCGAGAAGGCAUUGAAAGAUGCCGGCGGCCAGGGGUGGAGCCAAGUGGUCUCCGUGCGGUCAUAUCAUAUCGAUCUAGACGCUUCCUUCGAGUGCAUGGUGGAGAUGUUCAAAGAGUUCAUGCCGAAUCACAGACCAGUUUGGGUGGCUGUAGGUGUUGCGAAGCUGGGCGAGGGCAUGCAUGUUGAGAUUGAGGCCGAGGCGUUUGAUGACCAUUCUGCGUGGUCUGGUGUCAACGGGGCUAACGGUGUUAAGAAUUGA